UUGAGUUUGCGACCGUUUUCUUGUUUGGCAGUUAGCGAAAGAUUUCAAGAGUUCAUUGUAAACUGCAUACAAUGAUUCAGUUGAUGAAGACCGAACUUGUCACUGUGGAUAAACUGCACCAUAAAGAGUGUUCAGCCUUCUGUCCUACGGACCAGGACUCCAACAAGUGCCAGUGCGGCCUCAUCUUCAACUACCACUCCACCGAGGCACAACAGAACAAGGGGUCCAAAUGGACCAGCGAGACUUGCACCACUAACAAACCACUGGACUGCUACGGCACACUUGAGUUCAAUGUGGAAGACGUGGGCAUCCAAACGAGUAAGUUUGUGCGUGUGGGGUGUGAUGUGGACGUGGCGGUGCUGGUGCGCUUCCUCAGACACCUGUGGCAAUUGGACCAGCCCAGCCUCAUCAUAUCCAUGACUGGGGGAGCAUUCGACUUCAACAUGCAGAAAGAUGACCUGGACGAGCUUAAGGCUGGAAUCUACGAGUUGGCCACUACUAAGGACGUUUGGACCAUAACAGGGGGCACUGACGCGGGAAUCAUGAAGAUCUGUGGGGACGCAGUAAAGGACCACUCUGUCAGCACGGGAGCCCACGAGGGGGGAGAAAAACUGGCCAUGAUAGGUGUUGCCACCUGGGGUUCGAUUGCGAAUCACAGACUACUGGUGCCUGGACUGGGGGAGAAGGCACCCUUCACAAGGAGGUAUUCGGCAGACCCUGGUCAGAUUGGACUGAACCCAUACCACACACACUUCGUACUCGUAGACGACGGAUCCACAGGUUUCUUCGGCCGGGAACAAACAUUGCGGGGACUACUGGAGAAGGAACUAUGCGCCUCCACCCCCAUACCUCUCGAACUACAACCCUCAGCUGAAUACGGCAUCAAAACAGAGGAAAUGGCUGAGGGGCAGGAGAAUGGAGGCGGGGGAGGGGGAGGGGGAGAUAAUGAAGAUGCUGAAGUUGAAAUGGGCAUUCCUAUCGUCAGUGUAAUAGUCGAAGGAGGACCGGGAUCUGUUGAUACAGUGAGAAAUUCGCUCAAAACGGGAGCGCCCUGUGUUGUAAUCGGAGGUUCCGGACGGGGUGCUUCUCUGCUAGAAGCAGCGUGUGAGAAACUGGACGAGCACGGAACAGACGACCCAGAACAGAUCUCUUCUGAUCUAAAAAAUAUCACACUUCAGUUCCUGAGAGGGGGUAAUCUAGAUGAAAACGUGGCAAUGGUCAAAGAGUGUCUUCAGUAUCGAAACCAAAUUAGGGUUUUCCAGUUGGACCAGGAUGAAAACGCAACCACCAGCGACCUGGAUAAAGCCGUCUUGAGCACAUUGUUGAAUAUUGGCUCUUUGAAUUUUGCACAGCAACUAGACUUUGCUCUCCUUUGGGACAGACCAGACAUGCUGAAGGACAUCUUCGAGGCAGAGACGAACAAGAAGGAGAGGGAGAACAAAAAGCUACUCGGACACUUCUUCUCGAAGUCAAUGAUUGAAGACAGGGUCGACUUCGUCGCAUUCCUCGCCGACAAGAUUGACCUCAAAACUUAUUUGACCAAGGCGGUGGUUGAUGACAUGUACCAGAAGACUUUGGACGACAAUCGGAACUGUUUCCUGAUGAGUGGACUGGAGCAGCACGGAGGUUCCGACAACUCUCACCACAGCAUCGAGAGUGUGAUCAAAUGGCUGCACGAUGACCUUAAUUUCGACUACAUGCCAACCUACACUACAUGCCAACCUACAGUGAACAAUCCAGGACCCUUUAUUACACAGGACAAAGUGGAGAACCCACGCAGUGAGCGACAAAAGGAGAAGAAAAGAAGUAAGAGCUCCAGUAGCUCCCUCUCCAAAGUGUGUCCCUCCCUCUACAAGGGAGAAGAAAUCAUUUUCCUGGCACCAGAAAAGGCUCUCUUCCUAUACUCCGUCUUGUUCCUCAGGUAUGACCUGGCGAUGUUGUGGUGGGAGAGGAUGCCCAGUAAGAUCUGCGGGAGUCUCACUGCCGCCGCCUUCUGCUCCUCCAUCCUCAACACUUUCCACAUCAAGACCCACACGGAGGAACUAGAAGUGGCGAAGAGUUUGCGCCAGACGUUUCAAGACAGAGCAGUCGGUCUGCUGAACACUUGCCAAUCCGUGGAUCCCAAUCUUACCAAAAAAAUUUUGGAGUCGAGUCAUCUGACUUGGGGCGGGAGGAGUGCAAUAGAGGUGGCCCAGAUGACGAGCAACAUCCAGUUCAUCAGUCAAUCCGCCUGUCAAUCAAUCAUACAGGACAGGUGGAUGGGGGGUAUUGCGAAUCAGACUCCGUUCUGGCAACUAGUCAUCUGCUCCUUCUUCCCUCCCCUCAUUGGCUACAUGAUCUGGUUCAAGCAGGAACUGGAACAGAUCCGAAGGUCCAAAAUCGAAAAGAACGACAUCACCAGAAUCAGCAAAAAGGACACUAAGAUGGGGGUGUAUACGAAAUGGCGGGACUUCUACAAGGCGCCAGUUACCACCUUCAUCUUACACUUCGCAGCCAAUCUAGUCUUCAUUGGACUAUUCUCUUAUAUGGUCCUACAAAAGAUAGAAUCGAGGCCCACGAUUGUUGAGCGUAUUGUGAUUGGCUGGAGUCUCAUUCUCAACCUUCAGAUCAUCAAAGACUAUCUGUCCAUGUCCGACUCCAACCUCCUCCGAAAGGCAUCCUCACUCGAUAAGGUUGAGUCAUGGUCCCGAGUGGACUUCGCUGUGCUGCUUCUGUUCCUCUGUGGGGUGAUAGUGAGGAGUUUGGGCUAUGACAGUAAGGAUGCCCUGGAUGUGACUCACUUACUUUAUGUGUUUUCACUCAUGUGCUACAUCGUCAAAGUACUCGCGUACAUGGCACUCAGCGACAGACUAGGUCCCCUGGUGGAAAUGUGCUUCAAGAUGCUGAACGACAUCAUCAUCUUCAUGUCCAUACUGUCCUUCGUCAUAGUGGGCUAUGGAAUCGCGGUCCAGGCACUCAUGUACCCAGGACAGAACAAGCCCCUCUUCGGAAUAGUGUGGGGCAUCGUGAUCAGUCCAUUCUUCGAGAUGGUCGGCAACCUGGACUUCCAGAGUAUAGGCGCAUCAUCCACCGCCAAAUGCGACAUUGCGACUGACGAGCUGACGUAUCCCUACGAAGUGUGUCCGGACGAGGGCUGGAAGACGAGGGUCCUGCUAGUCCUCAAGAUGCUCUACAUCCUAAUAGCCAAUGUCAUGCUUCUCAACGUCCUCAUCGCUCUCUUCAGCUACAGAUUCACGGAAAUCCAAGAAAUGUCUCAGGAGUAUUGGAAGUACGCACGAUUCCUCCUCACUGGGGAAUAUGCGAAUAAAAGUGAGCUGCCGCCUCCCUUCAACAUCAUCCAACUGAUCUAUUACGUCAUCAAGGCCAUCGUCAAGAGAGAGAUGCCCAGGUGGAAGUUUAUCAAGCGAGAGCUGAAGGCAAGUGAGAAACAUCAAGUGCACAAAUGGGAGGACCUCAGAGCGGCCGAGCUCCUCCGGAAACAAGCGAAAGAAGUAGAGGAGAAUAUCUCGAACAAGGUGGCACGAAUAGAAAAACGACUCGGAAAACUGUCCAAGACCAGCCAGAACGUCGAGAACUCCUUGCGCAAAAUGGGUGUGUUGCAGAAAAAACCGAGUGCAGAUGAGAAUUUCGAUUCCGGGUCCAAAAUAAAGCAGGUGUCCGAAGCAGCCGAAAGACCCAGCACAAAGCAGUUCGAGUCGGACUUGGCUUCUAUCAAAACAACACUGGCUAGACUUGAAAGUUUGAUGAAUCAGAGUGUUAAACAGGCAUCGGCCUCAGAAAGAGAGGCUCGGCCUGGCGGACUCCCGGACCAAACUAAAACAAAAACAGGUGUCAGAAGCAGCCAAAAUUCCGAAUACAAAACAGUUGGAGCAGGAUUUGGUUUCAUUCCAACUAACACUGACUAGACAGUUUGAUGAAACAAACAACACUGCCUUGACUCGAAAGUUUGAUGAACCAGAGUGUUAAACAGGCAUCAGCCUCAAGAAGCUAGACUCGGCCCGGUCCCAAAUAGAAUCAAUAAUUAAUCCUUCAUCAAGCGCCGUGCUACUUCGUCCUUUAACUUAAGCUGAUGUACAAAUUGUAAUCUAAAUUUCUAUUUUUUUCUGAUAGAAUUAGAAUAUCAUGACUUGA